GCAGUGGUCAUAAAACGUACGGAUAUCAUCCGGGACGUACGUACGCGGGUUACAGCGGUUGGACUUAAAUUGCCUGCCAAACUGCCCGAACUUUCCUCUGGAAUUGCCAUCAUCCCGAUGCACCCAGUCGUUGCCUUUUGUGGAUAUACUCGAAAUAGCAGCCUUGUAUAAAAGCCGGGACGCCCCAGAUCUGCAGACCGACGCCGAGCCUCACCCCAUGCGGCUGGGACCGAGUGCUUGACAGGCCAGACUUUCAGUCUUUGCACCAGCCGGAUCAGUUUUUGAUGCUCCUUGGCACCCGUUCCACCCCAGAAUGCCGGAUAGGGACAAUGGCCAGGACCAAGCACUAAAGAGUGCCAUCGCCAAGGCCCGGCAAGACCUGAACACAGAACCCGACACCCCCUCCCACAUCCUCAAGACCGUCCAGCAGCAGGAAGAGAAAUUUGAGAAGCUGACCCGCGAGUUGGACCGGGAGAGACAGAACGUCCUGAACCAGUUGGAGAGAAGCCGCCUGGAAUCCGAGACAGGCACGUUUGCCAGCAUAAGUGAAACUGAGGAUUCCUUUUCCUUCCACCGUUCGGCAGUGAACGAGUCCGUCCUCGAGAGCGAGAGUAGCGUCGACACCAAGACUUAUAACAACUCACACCUCAUCGAUUCAGCCUUGAACGCAUUGCGUGAACACGAAGUCAUGGACACCACAGACAGUAGGCACUACUCCGGCUAUGGUAACGGACCAGACAGGAGCUACAGUGAUUACAGCAGUCCAGCUGUCAACGGCCACGCAGAGUCCCCAGGACCCAAGCAGCAAGUGAAGAAGACCACACAGGUCACCAUCACCAAGCACACAGUUGAAACUCGCGUUGUCCACUCUCCGGACGGGCAUGAUUCCCCCGCGAUCACCUCCCCAGCCUACGACGGCCGCGACUACGCCCACCCCUCGGACUAUGCCACCCACCCGACUGAUGACUACCGCGACCAGUACGACCGGACACCCUCCAUCGACGGCAGCGACCGGCCCGGUUACCGGACAGGCGGUGAGCCGGGGCGGCACCGCUACGACCGCUCCUACAACGACACACCCAGCGACGUGUACGCGCCGUCUGUGGAGGGCAGCGAUCGCUACGGGACGGUGCCAAGGUCGCAGAAUUCCUACGAUCCUCCAUCGCCCCACUACGGGGAUCGUUACAAUGAGAGACCCGUCGAGCGAAGAGACAGUUACGAUAAUUACGCGGAUCCCUACGACGACCGUUACCCGCAGCCAGCCCACCCCCACGACAACUGGGACCCGCGCCUGCCCCCCGACGACAGGGACUACAGUGACCGGUACCCAUAUGAUAACCACCCGGAUGAAAUCACGCGCGACACCGCCCACGAACAGAUGGCCCCGCUGGCCGCGAUGGAUCGUACCGGAAGUCAGGACACGGUGGAAUAUGAUAAAUAUGACAAAGGUUCUUACAGGUACCGUCCACCCCACCACCACGUCCACCGUAGCCAGGAUUCUAUUCCGCGUAAAUCGUCCAUGGGGAACGGUAGCGGGAGAGCCCCAUUGGCCGAUGACCCGCAGUGGCGGACGCCCGACCUGCAGGAGAUCAUCGACUACCUGAGCCACACCAACCCGGCCAUUGUGGCCAACGCAGCUGGCUACCUGCAGCAUCUGACCUACGGGGACGACCCCAUCAAGAACAAGACCAGGAGCUUGGGCGGCAUCCCCAUCCUGGUGGAGUUGCUGGGCAACCCCACCCCGGACAUCCACCGCUGCGCCUGCGGGGCACUACGCAACAUCUCCUACGGCAAGGCCAACGAGGAGAACAAAGUGGCCAUCAAGAACGCCGGUGGUAUACCCGCCCUGAUCCGCCUGCUCAGGACAACCCAGGACCCAGAAACCAGAGAAGUCGUGACGGGGACCCUUUGGAAUUUGUCUUCAUCGGAGCCCCUCAAGAAGCCGAUCCUGGACGACGGUCUCGCGGUCUUUGUGAAUGACAUCAUCGUCCCAGACUCGGGCUGGACACCGGGCAACCCAGACAACCGAUUGCCGACUGAAUAUGCCUGGUCGGGCGUGUACAGAAACAGCACUGGCUGUCUACGAAAUCUGAGCUCCGGCGGACCAGAGGCCCGUAAGAAAAUGCGGGACUGCUCAGGUUUGGUGGACGCUCUGAUGCACGUCAUCAAGUCGGCCAUUGACACCAACAACAUGGACAACAAGAUCGUGGAGAAUGCCAUGUGCAUCAUCCGUAACCUGUCCUUCAAGAUCUCCAACGAGGUCAAUCACCCAGACGCCGUUCCCGCCCCUCCUCCCAGGGCCACACCCGCCAGGAACGGACCGGGAUCUCCGGCCAAGAAGAAACCCAGGAGUAACCCCGGAUGUUUCGGAGCCGAUGACAAUUCUGGUUGCUUUGGGGGCAACAAGAAAAAGAAGAUGGAAGCUUCCACCCCAAGCAGCAAAUACUCAACGUCGACAUUGCAGAAAACCAUGACGUGGGAUCCCAACACGCCCAUCCCUGAGCGCAAGCAGCCCCCCAGGGGGGCGGAGCUGCUGUUCGCCCACGAGAUGGUGCGGCCCUACCUGCAGCUGCUGUCGGAAUGCUCCAACCACGUCACCCUGGAGGCCACCACGGGCACCAUCCAGAACAUCUCCUCGGGAGAGUGGAGGUGGGCCCUGUACAUCAGAGCCCAGGUGCGUAAGGAAAAGGGCCUGGCGGUGCUGGUGGAGCUGCUGCGAUUGGAAAACGACAAGAUAGUGGCUGCCGUGUCCAGGGCACUGCGCAACCUGUCGCUGGACUCCAGGAAUAAGGAACUCAUCGGCAAGUACGCCAUGAAGGAUCUGGUCUAUCGGCUGCCCAGCGGUGACGUGUCGGUGGCAGGCGGCAGCGACAGCAGGCAGCUGAGUACAGACUCGCUGGUGGCCGUGCUGAACGCCCUGCAGGAACUCAUUAGCAGGAAUGCGGAGAAUUCCAAAUGCCUAAGAGAUGCCAGCGGCAUCGAGAAGCUCGUCUCCAUCACGAAAUUACACAACAAGUACCCGUCAGCCGUCAUCAAGUGUGCCUUCCAGGUCCUGAGCACUAUGUGGGGAUUCCGGGACCUGCGCCCCCUCUACAAGCAGGACGGCUGGGACGAGCAGGACUUCAACCCGGGCGUCUGGACCACGACCCGCUCCCCACUCAAGAGCCAGACCCUGCAUGCUCCCAGCAGCGGCGAGAGGAUGAGCGGACCUGCCCCCCAGCGCUCCGCCUCCGCACCCGGCGGCCCCGCCAGGAGAUUGGAUUACGAGGCCUCCCCCUUGCCGGUCAAGUCGGCCCCGCCCGUGGAAGAAUCCGCCCCGCCUUACGGCUACGACUCCUAUGACCGGCGGCAGGAGGAGCCCAGGCAGAGGCGGGACCCGUAUGACACCUACCGGUCACAAGAACCCGAGCCUGUUGUAGCUGGAGACGAUCGCAGGGCAGACGACCCCUACAUCAACUACCGCCAGCCGACGCACGUUAGGGAUUCUAUGUCGGCGUAUAGCGACGAAGUGCCCCAAGCAGCCGCCAGGGAAGAGGCAUCUCCCCCGGCAACCGAUCAGCCUGGUGCCCGAGAGUCGGUGUCCCAAUACAGUGACGAAGCUCCUUCUUACGAGCCCAGUAGACAAGAGCGAUUUCCCGGAAGUUUGGCCGUGCCACAAACGCGUGACUCCAUGUCCGCCUAUAGUGAAGAAGCUCCGUCUGAGAGGUCUCGAGAUGACAUCCCUAUGCGGGAGCUGAACUACGCCUCCAUCGACCACGGCCAGGUGAACGACUCGGCCAGUCGCAGGGGGCCGCCCGUUGGAGGAGUGGCUGUCUUUGGCAGGGAUCCCCCGCCACAGCGAGAGAACGUCGUGUACGCCCAAGUCAACAAGGACCGCCAGCCGUCCAGCCAGGUUUACCUGGACUCCGGAGGGCCAGCCGGCGACUCCUGGGUUUAGAUUUUCCUUUUGUUUGUCAGACGGCAAUACACAACAUGAUGAAAUAUUUGUUUACUUUUUGUACACACCGCUUCAAGUAAAAUUUGUUUUUUGAGGGGUAAAGGAAAGGAUAAAAAAUGUAGGCUACAUGAGGUGACUUUAGUUUUUCAGUAGCUUAAAAAGUACUGCUUUUUUUACAACUUGACAAUCAUAGAGCGUUUUUGAAAUGAGUGGAUUUGACUUACACUUCAGUUUUACUGGUUCUAGUCAGAGCUCGAACACGUGGUUUCGAACGCUCCUUAAAAAUGGCUUGAACCAGCAGAACCAGAGUUUAAUCUGAAUGCACUCGUUUUGAAAACGCUCAUAGAAAACAGGUUCUGCUGGUUUUCUUUCUUCCAGCGGUUGAAAUAUGUUGCCAGGUUGUGGCUUUUUUUCCAGUAAAUGAUGACAUGUAGACUUUAAUACACAGAGGACAAAAAUGAAAUCACACAUUUUGGCAUCAUGCUGUCGAGGAUAUUAAUUUCUUUUGUCAAAAAAUUCUUUGGAAUAUCAUUACAUAAUUUCUGGACAGAUUUCGUGUCCCUUAUUUAACAUGCGCCUCUGAUUUCAAAUGUUUGGUUUAAAAACAGUCAUUUGCCUGUGACAUAUUUGCAGCUUGUAAAUAUUUACAAGUAGGUCGACCGUUUGACAGCACACUUGGUCCUGUGUUACCAUCUCGUCAUGAACUGUACAUUAAAAGUGAGCUCCCUCUUUUGUGGCAAGUAGUCCUAUGUCAGUGACAGUUACGCGAGUUAUUUGUGAAAAAUUUCAUGCAGUUUGCAGGGAAGGACAGUUUCACAGACCAUUUUAUCAAUUUUGUGUCAUUGAGAUUGUUUACAAUGUGAAGAGAUUGUGAAGAGAUUGUUUACAAUGCCAGAUCAAAUUGUCAAACCAAAUUUUGUACCAGAAGUAAUUUUUUAAAACCCAAAGUUGUUAAUUUAUUUCUACGUGAUUUCUUUUCCUGCACAGAGAGAAACCAAGUUCAAAAAAAUGUGAUGGUUUUGGGAGAAUGAAGGGCAAUUACUUGUGUAUAAAACAGAAAUAAAGUUUGGCUUAUAUAAAAUGGAAAUAAUUAAAAAAAAAGAUUUUUUUUAAAGCUUCUAGACUAAACGUGUAAAACAGUACUUUUUUCCCAGCGAAUGUCUUCAAUAAGCUCAUAUGUAGAUUGCGUGAUUACUGUUAUGAGUUAUGUACAGCCAAGCACUUUGGAUUGUCUGUAUUAUUUGACCUUUGGCAUUUGACCUUUGCAACAGUGUAUAUUUGGCAAAUGUAGUUUGCAAAGUCGUACUCAAAUAGAGGUGUUUUUUUAAAGCAGAGUUUUUCCAGGUUUCGCCUGAUUUUGUUUUGAAUAGUAAGAUAUAAGACAGUGUUUGGCCAGGCAGUUUCACUGGACAAAAAAAAGAUUUAGAAGCAUUUUUCUGUCAUGUUGGAAACGAUUCAGUUUUGCAUUUCCAUUAAAAAAAUAAAAUUGUACAAAUGGGGGUCCUUGUAUUUAAAGUAUACUUCGUACAGUCACAUUUUAGCUGAAUAGGAGUCAUUGAAUGUUCACCAUUUUUGUUUUUUCUUGACUUAAGUUGAGUGUAGCUGGUUAACCAGAUUUUGUAGAAACAUUAUUUCAUAAAUCAUCUGGUGGGAGUAGUUUGAUAGACUGGUGCUUGGCUGUGAUUACCCGGGGUUGGUGAUAUCAAGGUGUGGACUACAGACCUAAUCUCAACCGCUAGUGGUUGGAGAGAAUUAUCAUUUGUGAUGGGUGCAUGCACCUGGUAAAACCCAAAGGCUCUAUCUCGUGGUCUAGUGGUUGCCCUCACUUUGACAGUAAAUUUGUGUGCCAUAAGUGCCUCUCCUACUAGUGUUGAAGGUGACUAAGGGCACCCAGGAAGGAUGGGUACCAGUGGAUGUGCCCACCUGUAAGACAUGGAUACCUGUUGGAUGAGUCCGCUGUAAAUCGUCGAAGGGGUUGGGUACCACUGGGUUGAACUCCAAUGGACUUUAAUACCAGUGAAGCAUUUGAGCUUGUGAAAAAAAUGGGUACAUCUGGGCUGUAUGCAGUGGGGUCAAAGACCCAGAAGUGGCAAAUAAAUGUCAUAUGGUUGUAAAGCAGUAGACUGGAACUCCCAGAAGUGGACUGACGGGUACCACUGGGUUAUCUGAUGGUAUACCAAUAGGGAAACUGGGUACCACUUCGUUUCAGUUCACUGGGGCUGGAAUACCCAGAAGAACCCCGGAUGAUCAGUGGACAAUUAAGAAUUGAAAGCACUUCAGUGAAAUUCUUUUUUUUUAUUUACUUUUUUUUUCUGUUCAAGUGUUAUUUUCCAUCACUAUUUAACUUUUUUUUAUCCGCUCAUAACAAUACCACUAAUGCCUUGUAAAUAUAUUGACAAAGAAGCAAGAAGUUUUUAAGAGAUUUGGUAAGUUUGUCACAUAAGAUUUUUAAUAAAUGUUGCCAGGAACGUAGACAGAAAGUGCUGUAAAAGUUAUAAGGCCAGGUUAAAAGCCGCCAGAAACUUAUAGUGGGACUUCAAAAGACACAUGAAAGUACAGAGAUUUAGAAGUAAAUCGUGGAGAAAACCGACGUGGGAAGAAGCAGCAUAAAUAGCCAGUUCGAAAUUCAACCCAUACCCAAAAGGGUCCGUGUCUGCCGAGGUCACUUGGACAGACACGCAAAGUCUGCCUUAUCAAUGCGGCCCGGGGCAGACUGGCACGCGUGCUUUUCUCCCGAAUGACCUUGUUAUUUCAAAAAUACCGGACGCGCACGUACGCGUACAGAUUUCUUGGCAUAUCCAUGAAAGUGGACACAAAGAUGAGUCAGUUCCAAUUCUGUGUUUCAAAAAGCAAGGUCAUUCAAGAACGUCACACCAGUUCCAAGUUGUUGAAUUGGUGUGAGUGGUCGGGGUACGGCCGCCCAUUGAUCUCUACUUAUGGUAUGAAAUCAAUGGGGCCGACCUGGCAUGCGCAUGGUGAUGUUCUCGAAAAUGCUUUCCAUUUUGAGCGCAUAAAUUUGCUUCUCAGUAUCGUCAGCUUCAGACCUCUGAUAAAAAGGUUGCUGACUUUACAAGUUCUAUUGCUACUUCUCGGCUCACUCUCUUGCUUAGCCGCUAAUAUCGACCAUCAGAAUCUGCUUACUGAUUUGGGACCUCCGAGCAAUGCCAAGUGACUUUUGUGUGCUUAUUGGUCGAUGAGUUCCUCUUCCCGCUAAAAGCUUAACUUUUAACAAGGCCUUAAAACAAUAGGAAGGUCUUAAGUGAUAUUUAAAGAAAAUAGUUUUAAAAGCCUUUUGCUGUUCCAAAACCUGUUCUUCCAGUGACCUCGGCACAGUUUUAAAAGUUAAUUAGUGGAAGGUCACCUUUAGGAAACCAUGUGAUAAUGUGAAGAUAAACAUGUAAAUGUAUGCGCAUAUUUAAGAUUCAUAACGUUGAUUGGAAGUGAUGAAUGUUCACGUGCGUAGUUGAUGAAUAUUCAUGUUAGGCGACCUUUUGUCAGUCAGGCUGUGGACAUUUUGCGUAAUCAGAAAGAUUAAAAAGUUUCGCCAUGCAAUUGUA